CCUUUUGAAUUCACAUCACCUUCACGUAAUAGUUCAGUCCAGGAGCUAGUAAUAUUGUAAACAAACAACAUUUUGUUUGUUUACUUUCUUCUCUGACGUUUAGUCGUAUCAGGACAGCUCUAUAACUGGAUGUACUGUUACAAACAAAAUUUAGUAAUUGUUUGCAAACUAGUCUUUUUUUUAUUUCGUCUUCUGUAGAUGGUGAACAGACCCUAUCCCCCUCUCCUUUGUUUAGAUACAUAAUAUGGUAUCUUGAUGUUAAUGUAAAAAGCAGUACAAUGUACUGUUUUGUACAGAAGUUUAUUGUUAUGUACACAGUCCACAAAUGUACUGUUAACAAAUGUAAAUUGUUUAGAAAAAUUACACACUAGAGUUUAACUAAAUAUUUUUGUACAACUUUGUCUAGUUAGAAAAAAAAACUUUGUCAUCUUGGAAAUGAUAUUUUUUUUUCACUCAAAGUCGCCAAACCAAAUUAGGGGGGGGGGUAACAAAUAGUAAAGAAAAACUACCGUUUUAGAUUAUUAUCCGGAAAUAUGUUGGAACUGCUCCAAAAUAUGCGAAUACACAUUAUAAUCCUAGCAAUGCUAUUUUUAUUUCCUUAAGUGCAGCCAACAUAUUUUUAAGUUAGUAAAUUGUUCCAUCAAUCAACAACUGCUUUGUUUUCAACUUUUUAAUCACACAAUUUAUUAUUUAAAAUUUCAGCCAAAAUGCCACCUAAGAAAAAAGAAGAGGAGGAGAAGCACGUUCUCAUCGGACGAAUGGGAACAAAUCUUAAAUGUGGAAUUGUAGGAUUACCUAAUGUUGGAAAAUCCACAUUCUUCAAUGUUCUGACGAAAACCAGUAUGGCGGCCGCGGAGAACUUUCCUUUUUGCACCAUUGAUCCUAAUGAGAGCAGGGUCCCAGUCCCUGACGAGAGGUUCGACUGGUUGGUUCAGCAUCAUAAACCUGCCAGCAAGGUUCCUGCCUUCCUCAAUGUCACCGACAUUGCUGGGCUGGUCAAGGGGGCCAGUGAGGGUCAAGGUCUCGGGAAUGCUUUCCUCUCGCAUAUCAAGGCUUGUGAUGCUAUGUUCCAUCUGUGUCGAACCUUUGAAGAUCCUGAGAUCACCCAUGUUGAGGGGGAGGUAGAUCCUGUCAGAGAUCUAGAUAUUAUCAAUGAGGAACUCAGGCUGAAGGAUGAAGACCAGUUUCUCAAGGUGUAUGAUGACAUUGAGAAGAAAUAUAAUAGGGGAGAAAAAGCUUUGAAAGCGGAGUAUGAAAGUCUUCAGAAAGUGAAGAAGAUUCUGGUUGAUGAGAAGAGGCAUAUCAGAUUUGGGACCUGGAGUGCUGCUGAUAUUGAGGUACUCAACAAGUAUCUAUUCAUCACAUCGAAGCCUAUGCUGUACUUGGUCAACUUGUCUGAGAAGGAUUACAUUAGGAAGAAGAACAAGUGGUUGCCCAAGAUCAAGGAGUAUGUGGAUAAAAAUGAUCCCGGAGCAAUGAUCAUCCCUUUCUCAGGAGCAUUUGAAUUAAAGCUGCAGGAGAUGGGGAAUGAUGAUGAGAGGAAAGCAUACCAAGAGGAGACUAAAUGUUUUACUAAUCUAGACAAGAUUAUUGUACAGGUAUAUGAAAUAGACAGGACAGUUAUCAAUAACUGGAUGAUAACGAUGACAAUAAAGACAAUAAUGAUAAUGAUGACAAAUGAUGACAAUGAUGACAACAAAGAUGAUGAUAUCAGGGGAACCAAGGCACCUCAGGCCGCUGGUAGAAUUCACACAGACUUUGAGAAGGGGUUCAUCAUGGCUGAGGUCAUGAAAUUUGCGGAUUUUAAAGAAGGCGGAAGUGAGGCAGCCGUCAAAGCUUCCGGUGGAUACAGGCAACAAGGAAAGAACUACACUGUCGAAGACGGAGACAUCAUUUUCUUUAAGUUUAACGCAGGCGCUGGUUUAACAGCUGCCAAGAAGAAAUAAAACCGGUUUCUUGUUUUUUUUGGCGGGAAAAAGUGGACACUGUCGCAUAACAGAAAAUCCGCAAACUUACAAAAUCUGAUUUAUUCUUUUCUUCUUUUUAUACCAGGCUCUUGUUAAUUGAUGGAAUUUUCAGA